CUAGACCUCUGCGGCGCGGGGUCAUGUACCUAAGCAAAAGAUUAACAAGAUUCGAAACGUAAAAAGGCAGAGGAAUUUACAAGCAGUUUCCUCGGUCAAUUAUCUCCUGAGAACUGACUCCUUAUUACUAUAGACUAAACUGUCGGAACAAAAAUUAUAUAAGUAUCUGUGCACACAGACAGCGAAAAGCCUGAGGGAUCAAUGAUAAUACUAAUAUAAGGGUCUGCAAAAGUCAACAAUUUAUUCCUCGCGGUACUCAAAAAUUACCUUAAGCUUUCUCUUUGCUCAAGAUGGUCAAACUCGAGCUUUUUGAAGUUGAUCAUUGGAUCUUAUCUCGCAGCUCAUCUACCGUCAAGCACAAUCUCGCGCAUUCCUAUUGUCUUCCUAGGUCGAUUGGCGACCUACAACGGCAGACCGGGGAUUCCGAUGUGGGUGUUGAAGCUUUCUCCCCCAUUCUCUCCAAAGCAUUGGAUUAUGGCCCUAUGAAAGGGUCCGAAUCGCUACGAUCCAAAAUCUCCCAUUGGUACUCGACCGAAUCAUCCGGUGAUUUGACAAUAGAGAAUAUAAUCACGACUCCUGGGGCAUCAUUGGCAAAUUUUCUUGUGGUAUUUGCCUUGUUGGGCCCGGGUGAUCAUGUUAUCGUGCAGUAUCCCACAUAUCAGCAGCUCUAUUCCCUCCCAAAAUCCCUUGGAGUAGAUGUCAGUCUUUGGGAAACAAAGAAAAGUGAUGACUGGAAGCUUGAUUUGGAAGAGCUCAGAAGACUCAUUCAACCGAAUACAAAAAUGCUCAUCAUUAGCAAUCCGCAAAACCCAACUGGUAGAAUCAUUCACAAAUCUACCCUUGAAGAGAUCGUGAAAAUCGCGAGAGAACACUCGAUGACAAUUUUCAGCGAUGAAGUUUACCGUCCGCUUUUCCACUCAAUCUCUAAAACAGAUACAGAAUAUCCGCCUUCAAUUCUGUCAAUGGGUUAUGAAAAUACAGUUGCCACCAGCUCCUUAUCAAAGGCAUACUCGUUUCCAGGACUUCGCGUUGGGUGGGUCGCUUCUCAUAGCUCCAAGGCUAUCGAUCUUUGUGUUAAUGCACGAUCGUACGCCCUUAUCACUGCCAGCCAGAUUGACGAAUAUCUUGCCUCCUUGGUCCUAAGCCCUUCCUUGGCCCAGGGAUUGAUCGAAAGGAAUUGCACUCUGGCAAAAGAAAAUCUCAACGUGGUACAGUCUUUCAUCGAUAAAAAUAGUUCAGUCUGUGAAUGGGCGAGGCCUGUAGGAGGACCCAUUGGCUUCAUCAGAUUUACCCGAGCUGGUAAGCCUGUUGAUGACUUGGAAUUAUGCACUGCGCUUCUCGAGGAAAGAGGAAUUCUACUUGUGCCAGGGCGGAAAUGCUUCGGAGAUGGAGUUAAGUUCUCUGGUUAUGUGCGUCUUGGAUUCGGGGGUAAAACAGAGGAGCUGAAAGCAGCUUUGGAAGACUUGCAAAUUUUCAUUCAGGAGAAUUACGCGAAUGUGCCCUUAUCUACUGGAUCUUAGGUCUGCGUCUAUCUGUGUAACUUCUAUUCCUGAUCCGACUACAAUCGACAUACAUUGUCGGCCUCCUCUCAGAUAGAGAUUGGGGAUGUGUAUGUAUAGGCGAGAAUAAACUACCCGUACUAGAAGAAUUGAAAAGACAACAACUUAACAAG